AUGAAGGAGGCGGGCGCGGGCCAGGACCGGGCAGACGGCAACGCGGGGGCUUUAAGCCCCGAGAUCCCGGCGCUGCAAAUGAUUGACGCUUCGCGUAUCCCCACCAGGCUGUUGUUAGGACAGUCGGACGUGGCCGAGGACGUACUGCGCAUGAUCGGCCUGGUGUCCUGCAGCGCCAACGGCAACUCGGCCCCGCCGGAGGCCUCCGCCGAGCCGGAGUUGCUCUGGCCGCGCUGGGCGGACCGGCUGGAGGCGACGGGCGAGAUCGGCGUCGUGCGCUGCUGGCAGUACAACUGCGAGGUCCAGGCUCCUCUUUCCGUGGACACCACGCCAAGGCCCAGAACCGAGGAGGAGGUCUGGGAGCUGGCCACGCCCGAGCGUUUUGACGAGUACCAGAGGACAGGAGGCGCAUCUGCAUCCAUGAUGGACCACUACUACGACAAGCUGCUGCGCGUGGCGCGGCCGCCUCCAGCUCUGGUGCGCAACAGCUACCUGGAGGCCGAGAUGGCGAAGCAGGCCGCCCCGCUGGUACGGGUGUGCCUCGAGUUCGGCGCCACGGGUUCCGUGCCGCUGGGCACAAUCCGCGAGAUGGCGGUGCGGACGGAUCUGGCUGGCGGCUGA